AUGUCCACAAUUAGUGGGGAUGGAAAGAGCUCGUCAGUUUUAACAGAUGGCAAGCAGGAUGGUGCCGGGUUAUCUGACCAAGAGUCGGUAUAUCAAGGAUUGGACGAUGAUAACGCCGAAGUGAGACAGCUUGCUAAAACGUUCACCCGUGAGAGUGCCUAUUCUCGUGCCAGAAAAUCCACUUCCUCUUCCAACAAGUUUCCACCACCCACUGCGGAGAGCGAUGGAGCUCAUCAUACAGUGGAUGAGACUUUAGACCCACGACUUGACCCCGAGUCUGAUGAGUUUGAAGCGAAAUUUUGGAUUCAAAACUUAAAGAACUUGUACGACUCCGAUCCAGACUACUAUCGACAGGCAAAGCUAGGAGUCGCGUACCGUGACUUGAGAGCCUAUGGGCUUGCCAAUGACAUCGAUUACCAAGCCACCGUAGGCAACGCCGUGUGGAAAUUGGGGGCUGAGGGGAUCAGGUGGAUGAGAGGCGCAAAGCCCUCGGACUACUUUGACAUCUUAAAGCCCAUGGAUGCGAUAAUGAAACCGGGUGAACUCACUGCUGUUCUCGGAAGACCAGGAAGCGGAUGCUCGACGUUGCUCAAGACCGUCGCAGUCAACACAUACGGGUUCCAUAUUGGCAAGGAGUCCAAAAUCACCUACGACGGAUUGUCUUCUGAAGACAUCACCAAGAAUUUUCGAGGCGAGGUGAUUUACUCAGCAGAAACAGAUGUGCAUUUUCCGCAUUUGUUGGUGGGGGACACGUUGGAAAUAGCCGCGGCCCUCAGGACUCCUCAUAACCGUGCUCCUGGCGUCGAUAGAGAAGCCUACGCCAAGCACUUGGCAAGUGCCUACAUGGCAAUGUAUGGAUUGUCACACACAAGACACACCAAAGUAGGAAACGAUUUCGUUAGAGGUGUCUCUGGCGGUGAAAGGAAAAGAGUCUCCAUUGCCGAAGUCUCGCUAAGUCGAGCAAACAUUCAAUGCUGGGACAAUGCCACGAGAGGAUUGGAUGCCGCCACCGCGUUGGAGUUUAUCCGUGCCUUGAAAACGUCAGCUACUGUUUUGGAAACAACGCCCGUUAUUGCCAUUUACCAAUGCUCAAAAGACGCCUACGACUUGUUCAACAAGGUGUGCGUCUUGUACGACGGCUACCAGAUCUAUUUUGGACCAGCCGACAAAGCGCGCGAAUACUUUGUCGAUAUGGGAUACGAGUGCGUUGAACGUCAGACAACUGCCGAUUUCUUGACUGCCGUUACCAACCCCGCGGAAAGGGUUGUGCGCGCCGGGUUUGAACAUAAAGUACCGAAACUGGCUGUUGAGUUCGAAGCUUAUUGGAAGCGGUCAGCGGAAUACGCAGCUUUAGUUGCUGAAAUAGACCAACAUUUCAUCGAUUGCGAGAAGAUGAAAACGAAGCAACUUUUCCAUGAUUCGCAUUCGGCAAAGCAAGCGAAUCGGAUGAAAUCGUCAUCUUCGUAUACUGUGUCUUUCCCGAUGCAAAUCAAAUACGUGAUGCGCAGGAACUUGCUCUUGCUAAAGGGGGACCCUUCGAUUGUGAUUGCUGCUACUGUGAUCCAGCUAGUGAUGGCGCUUGUUUUGUCCUCCAUAUUCUACAACCAAGACGAAACGACGACAUCUCUCUACUACCGUGGCGCAGCGUUGUUCUUUGCCGUCUUGUUCAACUCGCUCAAUUGUUUGUUGGAGAUCAUGGCGUUGUUUGACGCUAGGCCAGUUGUGGAAAAGCACCGGAAGUAUGCCUUUUAUCGACCCGCGGCCGACGCCCUCGCCAGCAUAAUCACGGAACUCCCCACCAAAUUCUUGAUGUCGAUGGUUUUCAACUUGGCCUACUAUUUCAUGGUUAAUUUCAGACGUGAACCAGGCAGGUUUUUCUUCUUUUUGUUGACUAAUGCCUGGGCCACUUUGGUCAUGUCGCAUUUGUUUAGAUCACUUGGUGCCAUGUGUCGCACGCUUGCAGGGGCAAUGACCCCCGCGGUGCUCUUGCUUUUGUCCAUGGUCAUUUACACGGGGUUUGUCUUACCGACGACGAUGAUGUUGGGCUGGGCACGGUGGAUCAUUUACGUCAAUCCCAUGGCGUAUGUGUUUGAGUCGCUCAUGUGUAACGAGUUUCAUGAUCGUGAGUUUCUAUGUUCAACUUUUAUCCCCUCGGGGCCCGGGUAUGAAGACGCAUCGGACGCAAAUAGAGUUUGCACAACAAUGGGCUCGCGUUCGGGAAGUUUGAUUGUGAAUGGAUCAGAUUAUAUUCAGCUAUUGUAUGGCUAUGACAACUCGCACAGAUGGAGAAACUUUGGCAUCAUUGUUGCGCUCACUUUCUUCUUUUUGCUUACUUAUGUUUUACUUACUGAGUUUAACAAGGGCGCGAGACAAAGAGGUGAGAUUGCUUUGUUUUUGAAAAGUGCCUUGAAGAAUCACCGGAAACAGAUGAGUAAGGACGAAGAAAGUGGAGCUGGUGAGACGAGUGAAAAACUCGACGUGCAAGCCAAGGGCGAGGCUGACAGGUUUGAGAAUAGCAAGGAAUCCUUGUCAUCUAGAGAGAGCGACUCCUCGCAAGAGAAAAGCAAGGAUGUUUUCUUUUGGAAAAAUUUGACUUACCAAGUGAAAAUUAAAAAGGAAGAUCGAGUCAUUUUGAACCACGUCGACGGCUGGGUUAAACCGGGGCAAAUCACGGCAUUGAUGGGCGCUUCCGGUGCUGGUAAGACCACUUUGUUGAACUGUUUAUCUGAGCGUGUCACUACUGGUGUCAUCACCGAUGGUGAAAGAAUGGUCAAUGGUCACUCGUUGGACUCAUCGUUCCAGAGGUCUAUUGGGUAUGUCCAGCAGCAAGAUUUGCACUUGUCUGCCUCAACUGUAAGGGAGGCGUUGCAGUUUUCCGCGUACUUGAGACAGUCCAACAGUGUGUCCAAAAAGGAAAAAGACGAAUACGUUGACUACAUUAUUGACUUGUUGGAAAUGACUGCAUAUGCCGAUGCCUUGGUUGGAGUCGCAGGCGAAGGUUUGAACGUGGAGCAGAGAAAGAGAUUGACCAUUGGUGUUGAGUUAGUCGCCAAGCCCAAGUUGUUGUUGUUCCUCGAUGAGCCCACAUCCGGUUUGGACUCGCAAACAGCUUGGUCGAUUUGUAAGUUGAUGAGGAAAUUGGCAGACCACGGACAGGCCAUCUUGUGCACGAUCCACCAGCCUUCCGCUAUAUUGAUGCAAGAGUUUGACAGACUUUUGUUUUUGCAGAAAGGCGGUGAGACUGUGUAUUUUGGCGACUUGGGUAAAGGCUGCUGCAAAUUGAUUGACUACUUUGAGAGCCAUGGAGCUGACCCGUGUCCCCCAGAUGCCAACCCCGCCGAGUGGAUGUUGCACGUUGUUGGCGCAGCACCAGGAUCGCAUGCAAAAGCAGACUACUUUGAAGUCUGGAGAAACUCCCAAGAGUAUCAAGAAAUGAGAUUAGAGUUGGCUAGUAUGGAAACUGAGCUUUCGAAAUUACCCAGAGACACCGACCCGGAAAUCAGACUCAAGUUCGCUGCUCCCAUUUGGAAACAAUAUCUCUUGGUCAGCUGGAGAGCAAUCAUACACAAAUGGCGAACACCCGAGUACAUCUACUCGAAAAUGCUAUUAGUCAUCACUGCUGCUUUAUUCAAUGGCUUUUCAUUCUUCAAAGCGGGCACUUCCUUACAAGGGUUGCAAAACCAAAUGUUUUCCGUAUUCAUGUUCUUCGUCCCCUUCAACACCAUGAUUCAGCAAAUGUACCCGUACUACGUCAAAGAUCGAGAAGUCUACGAAACAAGAGAGGCACCCUCGAGAACUUUUGGUUGGUUUUCAUUCAUCACUGCGCAAAUCACCUCAGAGAUUCCUUACCAGAUUGUUGGUGGAACUUUUUCUUUCUUAUGCUGGUACUACCCUGUGGGACUUUACAACAACGCCGCUGUGACCGAUACAGUCGCCUCGCGCGGUGUCCUCAUGUGGUUGUUCAUCACCUCGUUCAUGGUGCUCACAUCGACGAUUGGCCAUUUGACAAUCUCAUUCAACGAGCAGGAAAUGAGUGCCGCCAACCUUGCGCUGAUGUUCUUUAUGAUGUGCCUCAAUUUCUGCGGCGUGCUCGCGCCACGAGACGCCUUGCCAAAGUUCUGGCUCUUUAUGUACUACGUCAGCCCCUUCACUUAUUUGAUACAGGGCAUGCUUUCCAAUGGAUUAGCAAACAAUGUCGUCGUUUGUAAACCUUCAGAGUUGGUUGCCAUUGUGCCACCGGAAGGCGUCAGCUGCGAGUCGUAUAUGCAGCCGUUUAUUAGCAACUUUGGCGGCUACGUCGACGCCAGCUCCAAUAGCUGUCACUACUGCCAAAUGAGCUCGACCAAUGUGUUUUUGGCGGGAAUCAACGCCAUGUACAGCGAAAGAUGGAGAAAUUAUGGAAUCGUGAUUUCGUUCAUCUUGAUCAAUAUCAUGCUCGCUACCGUGUUCUACUUUCUUGCUCGUGUCCCGAAAGGAAACAGAGAGAAGAAACUGAAGGAGAAGAGCAGUUAA